AUGAUCACCUUGUUCCGUCCUCGGGCGGUCUCCAGAACCAUCCUGCUGCUUCUUUUUCAUUGCCUUCUUCCUGGAUUUUGCGGCCCGGUCCUGGCCGACAUCCCCGAAACGCUCUGCCCUGACAAUGGUUCACAUGCCACCAACAGUGCAUAUCAGGACAACCUCAAUGAGCUCACUUCUUCGAUGCAAAAGAAUGCCUCCAAGUUCUUCGAGGACUCGUCCGGGAACUACCCGAAUAAAGUUUACGGUCAGUACAUGUGCCUCGACUAUGUCCCCAACUCAACAUGCCAGACUUGCAUAGCCAAGGGAUCGGAAGACCUCCUGAAGCUUUGUCCAAACAAGACGGAAGCGGUCGUUUGGGAGGGAUCUUGCCAGUUGCGGAUAUCCGGCCAAGAAUUUUUCGGCCGCCUGACCGAAGGAAACAAAAAUCAGUUCAAUCCAGAGAAUAUAUCCGAUCCUGGCAAGUUCGGGUUGGUGGUAAAUGAAACUUUAGGUUUUCUCGCCUGGAAAGCAGCUUUCGAGUCUCCAGGGACUCACUAUGCUACUAAGGAAAAGGAUUUCGAGCUGGGCACGAACAUGACUUUAUAUGCUCUUGCUCAGUGCGCUAAGGACUUAACAGCAGAUGAUUGUCGCAAGAGCAAGAGUUCUAAGUCCGAGUUGCUACUUGCGAUACGAGUUAUAUGA